AUGUCUCUGCCACGCCUAGAUUUCUCGCUUUUCCUUAACGGUGACGAUUCAGAGCGGCAGAAGUUAGCCUCAGAGUUGUUUGCAAGCCUAGCACAGCAUGGCUUUGUCCGGCUCGUCAAUCAUGGCAUUACUGAUUCCGAAGUGAACAGGUUGUUUCAAUGGAGCCGGUCGUUCUUUGGUACCCCUAUCGAGGAGAGGAUAGCAAUUCAAAAUGUUGCUGGACCGAAUCCACAACGCGGAUGGAGCUCUCUAGGGGCUGAAAAUACAGCAAAGCUAUAUGAGAAAGGUUUUCUCAGUAAGAAAGUCGCAGCAGACUUGAAAGAUGCAAGGGAACAUUUUGACUGGGCAGCGACAUCGGAUCUUACUUAUCCAAAUAGAUGGCCGAGCGAAGAGGUUCUUCCUGGUUUUCGGGACGCCAUGCAAGAGUCUUUCUUGCGACUCGAACAAGUAAGCCUGGCGAUAAUGGAGGCGCUUGAGGUGGCAAUGGGACUACCGAGCGGAGCAUUCCUGGGAAAGAUAUCUCACGCCAGCAAUGCGAGUGAGAUGCGUUUGCUUCAUUACCCGGAGCUAGAUGUUCAAGAGAUCAGAAAAGGCAAAGUCAAUCGGAUCUGGCCACAUUUCGAUUUGGGGGUCAUUACUCUUCUGUUCCAAGAUGGAACUGGGGGAUUGGAGUUCGAGAACCGCGAGGUACCCGGCACGUUCAGUCGUGUUGAAUGUGGCGAACAUUCAGAUAUGAUUGUGAAUGUCAGCGAAACACUACAACGUUGGACGAACAAUACCUUACGCGCUGGUCUACACAGAGUCAAUGUGCCGGAGCAUUUAGAGGGAAAGGAUACAGGCAUCCUUCCAGAGAGGUAUUCCAUCACAUACUUUUGCAAAGCUAAUCGCAACGCAUCCGUCGGAGUUUUGAAGGAGUUGAUGCCUCAAGAUAUGAUGCCGAUGUAUGAGGACAUGACGGCUAUCGAGUACCACACUCGGAGACUGCAGUCUGCAUAUUAAGCGAGGAGGAACUUUUUUGAACUAUCUGCUAUGCUCAUCUUCGAAGGUCAACGGAACUGAAUGUGGGACUAAUCAUAUCACUAUUUCGGGGAGGUGGACAAAGAAACUCGUUGUACAUAGGUUCACACAAAUGAUGGUAUGCGCACCGUGUUGUUAUUGUAAUAGCCGAAAAGGGGCUGUUGCGCAUAUGAUCCUAUAAUGGGUCUCAAUAUACACAAUGUGAAUUCCUCUUCGAGUACAAUGUGCUUCAAAUAAGCGUUAACGAAGAAUGGCGUGGUCGAGAUGCCUACGCACA